GCAUGAUGGAUUCCAGCUUUUCCUGUGUCAUUUAAUUUCCACCGUGAUAUUUGUUAAUUUUGCUGUGAAUGUCUGUCCAUGAAAUACUUUGAUGGUUAUAUAAAUUUAAAUCAUUGAACAACUAUCAUAGUGUAGUAGCAAGCUCCUGAAACACGCAUCAAAUUCCUGGACCUUGUAAGAUGCCGGCGUCCUUCUAUCUCUUCCUCCUAGUCAUGAUCUUACAUGCCACUAUAGCAUUCUCUAGACAUCCUCCGGUGAGAAUAUCAGAAGCAACCAAAUGGAGCUCAACGAGAAGGCAGCUGGGAAAAAACACAUGCAGAACUGGCAACCCUAUUGAUGAUUGUUGGAGAUGCGACCCAGAUUGGGAAACUAACAGGAAAGUGCUAGCUGAUUGCGCAUUUGGGUUCGGACGCAAUGCUGUGGGGGGGCGAGAUGGCAACCUCUACGUAGUAACAGAUUCCGACAACGAUGACCCCGUAAACCCAAUUCGAGGCACACUCCGCUACGGUGUCAUCCAAGAAGAACCUCUGUGGAUCAUCUUUGACAACGACAUGGUCAUCAACUUGAAGGAACAACUUUUCAUGAAUUCACACAAGACUAUAGAUGGUCGGGGGCAAAACAUCCAGAUAGCGGAUGGUCCUUGCGUAACCAUUCGAAACGUCAGUAACAUUAUCAUACAUAACAUCUACAUACAUGGCUGUGUGCCGGGCGGAGACUUCGUGGUAACAGACCCCACAAAUCAUCACGGUCUGAGAAGCAAGUCUGAUGGGGAUGGGAUAUCGAUAUUUGCGGCCAGGGAUGUAUGGAUUGAUCAUUGUACUCUAGCUAACUGCCGUGAUGGACUAAUAGAUGCUGUAUUUGGCUCAACAUCUAUAACAAUCUCAAACAACUACAUGUUCAAUCAUAACGAAGUCAUGCUUAUGGGUCACAGUGAUGAUUUCCUCGAUGACAAGAACAUGCAAGUCACAAUUGCCUUCAAUUUCUUUGGUGAAAAUCUGGUUCAAAGAAUGCCCAGGUGCAGGCAUGGUUAUUUUCACAUUGUGAAUAACAUAUAUACUGGUUGGCAGAAUUACGCGAUCGGUGGAAGUGCCAGUCCAACAAUCAACAGCCAAGGGAAUGUUUUUAUGGCAUUAGACAACAAUGACGCAAAGGAGGUGACUCGGCAUGAAAGCUUGACUGGAUAUGAGGAGUGGAAGAGCUGGAACUGGAGAUCAGAUGGAGACGUGAUGCUCAACGGUGCUUUCUUCACGCCUUCUGGCCAGAAAAGUCCUGCAAGCUACAUAAAAGCAUCAAGCAUGGUAGCAAUACCAGCUUCAUAUUUAACAAACAAUUCUCCGCAGGCCGGAGCUCUUAAAUGUCAAAUGGGUUGCCAAUGUUGAAGGCGGGCCACCCAACUUUAUGCUUCCGUCUUUUUCAUUAUUUAGUAGCCGAGGCUCAAUAAAAUUUGCAUCACUUUGAAGGAUUCUACCACUACAGUAGAAUUAGCUGAAACUCAGGAACGCCGUAUAUUGGUGUCAAAGAGGCACUCAAUUGGGAUGCAAUCAUAAAUCAGUAAGGAUUUUACUUAACUGAAGCUUUGACAAUCCCUAUAGCGGAGAAAUCAAGGGAUAAAACACCACUGUUCUUGACAAUUUAGUAACAGAAUCAAGGGAUAAGAAUCUGUGCUCA